UCUAGCGAGCAGAUCUGCGUUCGUACAAUGUCAUGUACCAUUUUUUGUUGUACUUGCAUGCGAGGAAGGCAGAUUUUCAUAGACAGCAGCUGGAGUAAUCCGGAUCUGGCAUCAGAACUGGUCGAAUAGUUCAUUUCUCGCCUCGCCAAACUAGCAACAGCAACUGAACAAGUCAUGCAUGCCACGUGGGUGUCUUUCCUCCUGGGCCUAGUAGUGGCGUCCCAAUGGUCUGCAGCUAGCACGGCUGCAAAUACUACUAGCGAUGCUCUCAACCUACCUGCUUGUGCAUUUCGGAGUACAGUUCCCAGUGUUCCGUUGUGGAACGCCGCGAGGCCUGGCCUGAUGAUGCCAAUUGUUGGACUUGGCACUGGGCAUUGCAACCCGCGACAAGGAGGCGAGUGCAUGAACAACAAGACGGCGCGACGAGCCACGCUGGACUUCCUUCGGGCAGGCGGUCGGAGAAUUGACACAGCGAUAACAUAUCACGAUCAAACCGGCAUUGGGAGGGCUAUUCGGCACAGCAGAGUGCCAAGAGAGGAGGUGUUCAUUACGUCCAAAGUCGGCCCAGGCCUUCCACUGGGUUAUCAGGAUAUCCUGGACCAGACGCAGACGGUGCUGAAGGAAUUGAACACGUCAUAUGUCGAUCUGCUACUGAUUCACUGGCCUGGUCCGCCAGGUAACAGCAGUGAUGCAGACUGCCGACCACCUCAUAUCAACUACACGUUGUGCCGGCUGAACUCAUGGCGUGCAAUGAUCAAGGUCCUGCAGAUGGGCAGCGCACACGCUAUCGGUAUUUCCAACUACGAAUUCCGCCACGUCGGCGAGCUACUGUUUUCAGGACUCGUCUUCCCAGCGGUGAAUCAAGUUGAGUUCCACCCGUACUUUGAGGAGCGGCCCUUGAAGACGUACUGCAACCAGCAUAACAUCACCUACAAUGGCUACUCGCCAUUCGCUGCCAACGACUGGGCGCCGUACUUCCACCAUUGGCCGCACUCUCUUCUCAACGACACCAUGUUGCAGAAGAUUGCCACGGCGCACGGUCGCACGCCUGCCCAGGUUGCACUGCGGUUUCAGGUUCAGCUCGGCCUAGUGGUCAACCCGCGCACGCAGAACUUCGAGCACAUGAAGGAGAACGUCAACAUCUUUGACUUCGAGUUGAGCCAGGACGACAUGACGCAGAUAACGUAUCUCACACCUCCGUCGGAUAAUCCGAAAAUCUUUCCCGAUCCGUACAAAAUACCUUGACUGGAAGUAUCCGUGAGGGUGACCACUGCUCAUGCAGCAUUCAAUACACGUCCUGCAAUGGAAGAGAACACCUACUGACAUUAUCAAUAAUAUUAUUCAUCCUGGUAGUGGUAGCUGCCAUAUUGAUGGACUGUGACUUGUAGUGAGAACAUUUGAAUCCUUCAAAAUAUUUUCAUACCGCUCAGACCUGCUUCACAGAUCAAGAUGAGCUAGAACUUGUUGUCACAUCACUGAAUUUCAGUCACAGCAAACCGUAUUUUUGAAGCUAUCCUGA